CGGCAGCACCUCUACCAACCCGGCCCGUCCCCUCUCACUAUCACUCACCGCUGUUGAAGCUUCCUGUCAAACCUGCAAGCUGUGGUUUCAAAUGGAAAAUGUCACUGGGCACUUAGAAGAAAAAAGGGGCGAGAAUAGAGAGAGUAGACGUCAGAUGUGCUGAAGUAGAGAGAAAGAGAAGAGACGAGAGAGAGAGAGAGAAAUAAAGGAUAUCUAAUCAAAUCAUCAGGCCGGAGGAGGACGACGUUAAGAUGUCAUUCAUCUCGCUGACCACCUGCUGCCAGGACACAUGAGACAUGUUGCUGGCUGGUGAGAUGCUUUGGUGCCUGUGCAUCCUGCUGGUUCUGCCUUUAGUGCAUCCAGCUCACAUUUACAAAGACCCAACUGAACUUCAUUGCGUAAACGACUUUGUAAACAAUGUCAGCUGUACUUGGACCGGAUCUUGGGUUGAUUCCGCUGAGGACUGUUUGAUUUCAGCAGAGAAGGAGUAUACUAAUGAAAACUGGGAGCUAAUAAUAAUCACCCGAACCUGCAAACUGGAAAAGCGAAAAAAAUCUUCUCUGGGCUGCAGUGUUGUCUUUGAAAACACACGCUUUGUUGGUACUGAAGUUAUGCCAUCCAUACGUUUAAUGUGUAAUAGGACACUGGUGAAAGAAAUUAAAAAAUACGAGCCUGCAGCACACAUCAAAAUGCAUCCUCCAAGAGCUCCCCAGGUCAACAAAACUUCCAAUUUCACCCUGAUAUCAUGGAGUCUGGGAGAACCUGUUUCAAGAUAUUCAUUUGGCUUCAGCUACCAGCUUCAGAUCAAACAGAAGGAACAGCAGUGGGAGAACUCUGCAAAGCUUUACACAGACAAGAAAGAGAUGAAGGUGAGAGAUGGGGAACUUCAGGGCCACCUGGAAGUCAGAGUCCGAGUCAAGCCGCUCAAGAGGAACAACAGCCAUUGGAGUGAGUGGAGCGGGAUAACAUCAUGGCAAGAAAUAGCAGAAAAGAAAGACUCAACACCAGAGCAGAUCCCCGUUAGGUGGAUCUUACUUCCACUCAGCUUAUGUCUCAUCAUUGUGCUUGUGCUUGCCCAAUUCAAGAGCUGCAAGACCCUGGGGCUGUUUAAAGGGAAGCAGAUAUCAAACCCGUCGGAGUACUUCCACUCUGUCCACCAAGGAAAUCUAAAAGAAUGGCUUAAUCCCCUUUCUGGAACCCAAUCCUUCUUCGAACCCCCUCCAUGCGACCAGUUCUCACAUGUUGAGGUCUGUGAGGACUGGAACGAGACGGCGCCCUCCCCAUCUCCAACUUCAAGCUCCAGAACCGCCUUUUUUCACUUCCAAAGAUCACAAACAUCGUCCUUAGAAACCAGUGACAUGCCCUACAACUCUUCAUCUUUUUCCACAUUCUCAAACAAGGGCUAUUUCCUGUCCAGCUCCUCUGGGGACUCAGCUGGGGCCAACCCCAACCUGACUUAUUUCACCUAUCAAGACAAUUUUCAGAACCUCCCCUGCAUUCCCAACUUCUCCCCGUGUGAUCCUCUCACUCCAUAUCCUGAAUAUGAAAGUCUGAACAGGCAACCAGAGAGUCCUGACUCUGGUUUUGGCUUCAUGAAGGAAGAUGAAAUGAAAGAAACAGGAGUUAUUUGCAAGGAAGGGAAAGAGGUUCUGAGUGAUGGGAAACUUCCUUCCCCUCUCCUCCUUAUUCCUCUUCAGUUGCCUUCUCGCCCCCCUUUCUCUCCACCGGCCACUCCUGCCACUUUAAUACAGCCGCCUGAAAGCCCUCAGAUGGACGUGGCUGAGAUAGAUACAGGCACCAGCACUAGCUUGGCUGCUCAGCCUGUUUCUGGAGCCAUGAGCAGGUCCUCCUCUAUGCCAGUGGAACCCUACGAAACUGGCUAUAUGACACUUAAAGAGCUGCAGAUGACAUUCAGCAAUAAGUCCAUCUAAAACCUUUUGACCUGAUAAUAGGAGCUUAACUUACUGGUUGGAGGAAUUCAUGAAGUGUUCUGAGCAGAAUAAAAUAUGACAAUAAAAAGCUGGAAGAAGAAGAAAGAAAGAAGAAAAUACAAGAAAAGGCUUAGUAUGUUUUUUUUAGAAGUUAAAAGAUAAAAUAUGAGAAUGUGACUUAUAUUUUAUUAGCUACAAGUUUCAAAAGAAAAGUUGAAAUCAUUUCUAAACAAUUGUGCAACUUCUGCUCAAAUAACACGUGAGAGUUUAUUUAACAGACAUAAAACUAGCAGACAUUCAAAGCCAGAUGACUGUGAGUUGUUUGGGAGGAAAGUCUGAGGGAAAAGAUGUUCUGCUUAACUCAAGUCUCUCAAUUUAGCGGGAAUAAACCCACAACUGACAAAACUUUAUAUGUCCCACUCAUAACCAAUGGUGACAAAAUUUAUGUUGAAACUCAGUUACUGAUACUAUCCCCUCCUCCGGCGGUUCAUGCUUGCACAGCCAUUUUUAAAUGUACAAUGCUUUCAAAGAUUUAUGCUGUAUACAUUAUCUAUAGGAUCAAACAUAUCUGAGUUUUGUCUAAACAACCUAAAGUCAUAAUCUCUGAAGAUAAUGUAAGCUUUAGCACUCUUUAUUUUAGUGUUAAACUGCUGUGCAAACAAAAAAUUGCACUUGUAAGAAGUGGUGGGGAUCACCCUAGUUUAAAUUAGGUACUUUGUGAGUGUUAUAGGCUUCUACCAUUGAGAUUUGGGGAGAGUAGAUUAGAUUAAUUUAGUCUUUUUCAAAGGCAGUCAUGAUUUGUAACAGCACUGUUUACAUAUGUCAGGCAUAAUUUCCAUGUGGAGAUGAUAUAGGCAAAGGAGAAGAGGAAGGAUCUGUACGGAUCAUGUGAAAGAGAACAAAAAUAAUCAGUAUCUAACCCCUAUAAGAGAUACUCCUCCCACUAUUUUGCAGCAUCAUGAUCAGCAUCAUGCUUAUUCAUGAAGGAAAACAGAAUAAAUGAAUUGUGCCUGCUGGUCUGCUCCUUUUACAUAAACAAUCUGCAGUGAUUGGAAGAUCAGCUUUGCUUGUGCUGCCAAGUUUGCAUGUGUUUUUAUACAUAUAAAGCUUUAGUAAGUCAACUCUAAGGAUUUUUCACCCCAUAUAGUAAAGUUCAGGUAGAUAGAAAUACUGUGCUGACUGCUCAGGCUCCCGUUCUCUCAGAGUCACACGACCUGAUAUGUGAAGCAAAAGCUGAAUUUUGUGAAGCAGUAGUUUUUCUGUACAUUUCGUCUGUACACAAUUAUUACUCCAGGGGAACAUGUUAUAAUGCAUAAUGUCAAGAAGUGAUAUCAAAACAGAAUAUGUUAAUGCUAGCUGAAUGCUACAGCUGAAUUUUCUGUAGAAAAACUUAAUGAUGAUAAGCAAGACGUGAGUCUUUUAAAGACUUAUCAUCUUUUCCAGAGGAUGUGUUUAUUAUAGCUGUCUUGCAGAAUCUCAGGUUAAAGUAGAAUCUCUGUAGCUUUCUAGAAAUGCAGAUUUAUAAGACUGCAGCAUCAGUGCAAUGCGAUCACAUUAACAGUUUAGACCAGGUAGUACUUAGCAUAAUGCAAAGACAUUUGAUUUUGUUUUAGACUCCUCUAAACAUGUGCAAAUGACCCAGAUUUAUUUGGGGGACAAACAAAAUCCCUGUUGUGACAUCCCUAAGUUUUUUUUCUGUGAGCUUUUUCAAAAAUAUACAACACAGAUGAGGUGAUUUAAAACUUUUUUCUCUCGAAUGAUGAUAAUGUUUUAAAUAUGGUGAAACCCUAAUAAAUGAGCUGCUAGAAGCUGCAUAGAUGAGAAGGGAAAAGAACGCAGACUAAUCUGUGCUAGGUUACCUUCACUGCUAAUGUUUUACUACAAAUUGUUGUUUCAUCUGCUGUAAUUUAGCAUUAGUUGUCAACAUUUAUCCUCUAAUAAAGAC